CAAAGCUUCAAAAUUUGACGAGCGCUUCCCCCAAUCUCUCUCUUACAAAACGACAUCGUCUUGCUCUCCAACACUCUCUCACGAUGAGUCUUGCCGAGUCUCCGGUGCACUCUUCCAGCAGUGAUGGAUUUGCUGGCUUUCUUGAGACGGAACUGGAGUCAGGCUCUUCGGAGUCGUCACCGGAUGAGGAAUGUAAAGCAGCAGUCGGUGAUGAUGAUGGUGGCAGUGAAUCCAGUGAUGUUGAAAGUGAGAGCAGGGUAAAACGGAGGAAGGUAGAGAAUGUGGAAAUCUUGGAAGAAGCCAAUGCGUUGACUUCGCAAGCAGUCUCUGAAGAAAUUUCAGAAGCAUCUGGAGUGGAUGAUUUGUGUGCACAUCCUGGAUCUUUUGGAGAUAUGUGCUUUCUUUGUGGCCAGAGGCUGAUUGAGCAGUCUGGUGUGACAUUUGGGUACAUACACAAGGGAUUAAGACUUAAUGACGGAGAAAUCGACCGGUUACGCAACACGGACAUUAAGAAAUCGCUAAAUAAUAAGAAACUUUAUUUGGUACUUGAUCUUGAUCAUACACUACUAAAUACCACCCUGCUGAAUCAUGUGACGGCAAAGGAAGAAUAUUUAAUGUGCCCACCAGAUUCUCUGCCAGAUGUUUUGAAAGACAGCCUCUUCAGACUGGAUUUUAUGCGUAUGAUGACCAAGUUAAGGCCUUUCAUUAGGACAUUUUUGAAGGAAGCCAGUGAAAUAUUUGAAAUGUACAUAUAUACGAUGGGUGACCGAGCCUAUGCACUGGAAAUGGCCAAGUUGCUUGAUCCCAAAAAAGAGUACUUUGGUGAUCGAGUGAUAUCGCGUGAUGAUGGCACCCAAAGACAUCAAAAGGGUCUAGAUAUUGUGCUUGGGCAAGAAAGUGCUGUUUUGAUAUUGGAUGAUACAGAAAAUGCAUGGAUCAAGCACAAGGACAAUCUUAUCUUGAUGGAGAGAUAUCAUUUCUUUAGAUCUAGUUGUGCCCAAUUUGGGUUCACAUGUGAGUCUCUUUCAGAGUUGAAGAGUGACGAGAGUGAGCCUGAAGGAGCUCUUGCAAAUGUUCUCGAUCUUCUUAAACGAAUCCACAAGAUGUUCUUUUAUGAUCUGGGAGGCAAUCUUGUAGAUAGAGACGUGAGGCAGGUUCUGAAAAUUGUUAGGAAGGAAGUUCUGAAUGGGUGCAAAGUUGUUUUCAGCCGUAUAAUUCCUUCAAAAGUCCUGGCUAGUAGUCAUCACUUGUGGAAGAUGGCAGAGCAGCUGGGAGCCAUAUGCUCAACCGAAGUGGAUUCAACGGUGACCCAUGUAGUUGCAUUAGAUGCUGGAACAGAAAAGUCUCGCUGGGCAGUGAAACAUAACAAAUUUCUGGUCCAUCCUCGGUGGCUUGAAGCAGCAAAUUAUAUGUGGCAAAAGCAAGCUGAAGAGAAGUUUCCAGUGACUGAAACAAAAAUGGUAACUCAUACCGAGUGAUUUGUUAGUUUUAGGAUAUGACUAACCAUGCCCUUGUUGUGGACAACUUUUAAGUUGGAGACAAUUUCUUGGUAGAUCUGUUUUGACUAAUGUGAGUUUUGAUGCUGAUUCGACUAGAGCAGAUUACUCUGAAUUUGUAUAUAGAAACAGCUUGAUUUGUCAGAUAACAAGAACAGAAAGUUAUGUUAAGAAGGCAGGUGGAUGUUAUUUCUGGCAACUUUUUGUCUCAGGAACUUAUAAUGAG